UGAAGAUCACACUGAUUGGCGCGAGAUGCACCUGAGUUGACAAACGGGCUGUGACUAAAGACAGAAGUGCCACGGAAAACGAGUUCAUAAAUCACUGUUUGGCUUCUGCAGGCAGCCUGAAAUGAAAACCAGGCGACACUGUGGACGUUUCCAGGUGUAAUGUGUAUACCUGUCUGUUUGAGCUUGAAAUGGAUGAAACUGCAGAAGGACACAACCAAAAGAGACCUGCCUCCCACUCCCCUCCGUCAUCUGUCAGCUCCACCCAAACAUGGUUGCCAGUUGUGUCACCUUGUCAAAAGGACCAAGACCAGGAACCUCGGGCUCAUCAUGCUGGGAUGCAGUCGAGUCCUCAAUGUCAUUUCUUUGAGGAGCUCUUUUGUACCAGGCAGGCCUCCAACACACUGGUCCCUCUGGCUGGCACCCUCAUGACCUCCUUUGGGUCGCAAAGUGACGUGGUGAAACAAGGUUACCUGGGGAAGCUGGAGCGGAACCACAGAAAAUAUUUUGUCCUGAGGGCAGGUAGUCACACUGGGCCGAGCCGACUCGAGUGGUACAAGAGCCAGGAGAAGUUUGCAGCAAUGGAGAAGUCUGCUGGUAAAUCUGCACUGUUUGGCUCAAGAAAGCAAGGAGUGAUUUACCUGAGCUGCUGCCUUGGUGUGAGUCGGAUUGGCAGUACCAGGAAAGGCCACUCGGUGGCAGUCUACGCCAAGGAUCAGACCAUGGUGCUGGUGGCAGAGGACCAUUGGGAGCAAGAAGGAUGGUAUCUGGCCAUUAAGAGACUGAUGGAGGAAGAGCAGAGGGAUGAAGAGCGUGGAGAGGGGUUUGAUGAAGAGGAUGAUGGGUAUUGCACAUUGCCCCCUGCUGCCUUCUUUAAAGAGGUUUGGCCGGUAACGGUGAAGCCCAGAGGUCUGGGCUGCUCCAAAUCCCUGGCAGGGGAGAGCCGGCUCUGCCUCACAGCUUCGUCUCUCAUCGUGGUCAGAAUGGGCGCAUGCGCUGAUUUGCCGUCGGUUACAAUACCGUUGCUGAGCGUUCGGCGGUUUGGCCACUUUGAGGGCUUGUUCUUCUUGGAGCUUGGCAGGUCUGCACCAAACGGUCCUGGAGAGAUUUGGAUGGAAGCAAGGGAACAAGGAAACCCAACAGUAGCCCAGCACAUUCAUGAAGUGGUUCGCCAGACUGUGAUGGCACUUCGAGCUCUUCCUGACUUCAGCCUGUCACCAGCCUCCAACCACAAUCGUUUUCAAACCCUCCUGCCUUCCAAACGCUGCAGACCCAGAUACAGAGACAAGCUGCAAAAUGUGAGACCGCUUGGUUCUCGUCUGACCCUACCCCCCAGAAGCCCUGAAAAUCCACAAAAUUACUCGGAGUCCUGCAAAUCUGACAAACCAGAGCCUGAAUCUACUGUGAGCUCCACUUCACAUCUCAGUCCUUUCAGAUCCAAUCAGGGCUCCGUGCCAGAGACCAGCAGCUACGUGGAAAUGAAGGUGGACUGCAGUGCAGCCCGUCGGAUGGAGGGCUGGGAGCCGGCUGAGGAGGACGAGGAAGGGCUGGGGUACAUGAUGAUGUCACCACAGGUCAGUCACGGUUUAUCUGUGCUGCCUCAAGAUGAUUAUGUUGCCAUGGCAAGACCGAAUAAACACGACUUGACAGCCAGCUCUUCUCUUCAGACAUCAUUUGACAGCCACUCUCCUCUGCACCCGUCACAACAUCAGGCCAUUGAGCACAGUCGGCCACACUGUGUGCUGACCUCAGUCCAGCAGGCAGAGACGGAAGCUGGCCAAUCAGAGAGGGCCAACAGGAACUCCACCCGACCACAGGAGGAUGCAGGGCAGGAGCAGAAAUCAGCCCAGCAGGGACGACUCCCACCACAGACCAGGACUACUUGGUCUCCUGUGAGGAGCGUUGAUGGGCCUGGCAUGAUGAAGCCUUUUGUCACAAGUGAACCAGGCGUUACCAGGCCAGUCCAGGCCAGCCCAACAUCUGGUACAGGCCGGUCCAGUCGACUCCAAGGUGUUUGGGACCAAUCUGUGAGAAGGUCCCAGCUGUCAUUGUGUCUGCCUUCUUGCCUGAAAGCUGAGAACAGAUCCUGAGUGUUUGUAACGUCUCACUUCUUCAUUUACACCACUAAUUUAAACAGGAGCUACUUAUUCAUUCUGGUGCAGCAGAUGACGUUUACAGGCCACAAAAAGUAAAGCUUCAAGCUGAUGGUGGAAUAAUUUAAUACACUUAAGAUACACUUAAUCACACUGGUUGUGACUGAAACGGGUGCUUUAAAGUGUUACAUUGAAUACCACAGGAGAUUUUUGAGAAAAAUAGUAAAAGUUCUCUUUUCUCUGUUAUUUGUCUGUAAAAUGCGCUCAGUGUUUUCCUCCUUUGGUGUAGACUGAAUCAGGGCUUGUGUUUUUGGUCGAAACCACACAGCACUUGACGCUGCUACACACAGAAUUAAAAGAAAUAAAGUCACACGAAUGCA